UCCAGGGCGUGAGCGGUGAACUAAAGAUUUCCCCAUCAUACAGUUAGUGCAUCCAGUUUAGGGAGACUUUUACAUUUCUUUAUAGUUUUUAUUUGUAACUUGGUCUGGGCUCACACUGGUGUUCUGGGCAGAGAUUGGUUGGUCUGAUGGGCGAGCUUUUCAAUGUUCAGUGGGGGUCGGUGGUAUAAGUGAGCCUCUGGAAGCAGAGCGACUUAGAGGCUAGACCCCACUAAUCUGCGUUAACAGAUUGAUUAUCUUGGAGCAACAUCGUGUCACUGCAGCGUUUUGAACUCACUUGGGCGUGCAUUGACGAAGGGCUACAAUGCAACGAUGAAGAGUCCCUUAGGGGUGUCUCCUCAAUCCUAAUCCCUCCCUCUCUCUUUUUUUUUCUUUUCACUAACCCGUGCUCACCAAGAGCUCCUCGUCCAUCCAUCAACACAAGCACCUCUCCACUGUCACCAGACAACCCUAUCAUUAUUGACCGUUUAAUAUUUUAGCAGCUGUCACAUUUAUCCCUCCUUUUUUUUUCUCUGAUUAUAUUUUAUGUUGGCAUGUCUCUGAGCCGUUUGUUUGAGGAUGAUGAAUUUUCAAGAGUGUCCAGCAUUGACGGUAGCCACUGUAGCUCUCUGAGUGGGUAAAUAUUUCACGGACACCGGCAAAGAGAUAAAAGACAGGAGACAGAAUCUCCCUACAGCCGAAAGAGGUUGGAGGAGGGAAACGCUGGCAGAGGAAAAUGGCCGCCAUGAUCACAGUGCCCAGUUAUUCUCCUUCAAUAUGGGUGAGAAUGUGUCACGCCUUGCCCCGACUGGACCUCAGCAUGCAGAUGAGGGACAACAUCUUCGCCCCCGACAGCUGGGAGUACCAGCAGACUCUACUGGUUUUGUCCAGUCUGUCGGCCAUCGUUCUUGUCAUCUCUCUCUUGGUGAUUCUCUCCUUCCUCAUACACUAUUGCUGCUGUCAACGUGGGGACCGGAGCGAGGGAUCGGAGGAGGAAGAUGAUGAUGAAGACGGGAGCACGGGUCACGGCUACAGUGGGAAGAAGGGGAGGGGAAUAUGCUGCGUCACGUGGGUGGCGGUGGCUGCUGUCACGCUGUGCUGUGUUGCCAUAGGCAUCGGUUUCUAUGGCAACAGCGAGGCUAACGAUGGGAUGUAUCAGUUGACCUCGUCUCUUCUCACAGCCAAUUACACGCUUGCUUCCAUCGAUCUGCUGAUUUCAGACACAAUUACUGGACUGCAGCUCUCCGUCUCUGGCCCUCUGACCUCCAUGGAGGAGAUGUUUUCUGGCAGCAAACCAUUCUUGGUGUCAACGAGGAACUGCCGGAGGUUAUCGGAGAACGUGAUCAACCUUCUCUCCUCCAUCUCCUUAGCUCGGACCAAUGUAGAGCUGGUGAUGGGGAACGACAGCACUGUCAGUGGGGCGUCGAUCACGCCUCUGACACCGGUGCCACCCUCUGUUGCUCCAACCGUGGUGCCCACCAGCAGCUUGUUGCCCAACCCCUUUACCCCUGGUUGGGCCGCCACCACACUGAUGGUCAAUGAGGACUACAGGUGGUUGUCAUACGUGCUGCUGCUGCUGCUCGACCUCAUAGUGUGUCUGUUUAUCCUGCUUGGACUGGCCAAGCAAGCCCGCUGGCUGCUCAUCCUGAUGACUGUGCUGGCAUGGCUGGCUCUCUUGCUGAGCUGGGGCUCCCUGGGUUUGGAGACAGCCACUGUUGUGGCCCUCAGCGACUUCUGCUCAGAGCCAAACGUCUUCGUCCUUAACUAUACUCAGAUCACCACGGGCACAAGCUCAGACGUGUUGGAUUAUUACCUGACCUGCAGCAGGAGCAUGAACAGUCCAUUCCAGCAGCUGCUGACCCAGUCUCAGAGGGCGCUCUCAAGCAUCCACACACACCUCUCCAGUCUGGACAGGAACGCUCUCCCACAGUUUCCCAAAGCUGAGAAAUCACUCCGGGAGGUUCAACAGAUACUCAACUCCACAGAGGGCAACUUCCAUCAGCUGGUGGCACUGCUGAACUGCCGAGGUCUUAAUAAGGACUACAUUGACUCACUGAAAGGCCUGUGUUAUGAUGGGAUGGAGGGAUUGCUCUACCUCUCCCUUUAUUCUUUCCUCUCUGGUCUGGCCUUCACUGCCAUCCUUUGCUCUCUUCCUGGAGCCUGGAGGAGCUUCCCCAGCGAAUCAGAAGAAUACGACGACUCGGACAGUGAGAGUGAGGACCCCUUCACCUCCCAUCAGGCACGUAGACAGGCAUCCUCGGGGUCUCAGCGAGGGGCAAUGGCCCCCUUCUAUAAUUACCCGGGGGCUGGGUGGACACCCCCCUUUUCUAGCGCGCCGCCCCUCCCGACUCAAAACGUUUCCUCCAAUGGCAACCCUGGCUAUGAGAGCCUACCCCUGACUGACAGGCAGUCCCCACCCCCCUCUUACUCUCCCAGCAUGCUGACUGGUUACGGGGGAAAUCAAUCACACCCCAACCCCUCCCAUUCGAGGAACCUGUAUUCACGUUAAUUCUUUUUUUUUUUUUUUUUUGGUAGAAAAUGUAUA